UAGGUGUAAAAUAAUAAGAAGGCGUCCGUGGCAAGAAAUCCCUCAUUUCCUUUUUGUCUUCUUCCAACAUUCAUCAAUCCUCUUUUUCCCUUUGAUCCAAACCCCUCUGUCGUUCAUAACAUACAUACAUCUCUACAUAAACAUUUUUACAAACACGACUCAUAUAUUCUGAACUCUAAUCCGAUCCUCAUUUUCCUCUGAGAAGAAGAAGAAGAAUGUGAUGAUUUUUGCUUUCUGCCUGUUUCAGAACCUUCCGUGAUUAAAGAUGAUUGGAGAAUUCGUCAACAGUUGCUUAAUAUUGGUUCUAGGAUAUGCAUAUCCUGCUUUCCAAUGUUUCAAGACAGUUGAGAAAAACAGAGUUGAAAUUCCGGAGCUGCGGUUUUGGUGUCAAUAUUGGAUACUUGUUGCUAUUAUCACAAUUCUUGAGAGAAUUGGGGAUGUAUUUAUUUCAUGGUUGCCAAUGUAUGGAGAGAUGAAAUUGGCACUCUUCAUCUACCUAUGGUAUCCCAAAACAAAGGGUUCUGGAUACGUAUACAAUACCUUGUUACGACCAUACGUAUCAAGGCACGAGACAGAUAUCGAUAGAAGUUUAAUCGAAUUCCGAGAGAGAGCGUGGAACUUAGCAAUCUACUAUUGGCAAAACUGCACUGAGCUUGGCUCCACCAAGAUCCUCCAAUUUCUUCAAUUUGUGUCUUCACAAGGUGGAAGGAGUGAGGAGAAUCAGGGGAACCAACGACGGCCUAACACCACUCCUGAACCCAGCGCACCGCCGGUGGGUUUGAUGAGAAGGAGCAAGUGGGGCCCACCACCUCCGCCCUCGGGGGGGUCCAGCUCGUAUUUCAGCCAGGCGCCCGUGUCGGAGUUGAUCAAAGUGGAGCUGCACAAUGAGCAGUUUAUUAGGCCUGAGGAUGUGAUUGUUUCUAAUUUGGACAUCGGUGGUGGGUCUAAAGAGAAAUUAGGUUUGGAGAAGGAUGUUAAGACGACUAGGCAUAGGCUUAGGCGCUUCAUAGAUGGCAAUUAGGAUUCUAGUUAAAUUGAUUGCUAUGUUGUAAAUUAUGUGAGAUAAUGUGCUGCACAGUUUAUUUAUUCUUUUUUUUUUUAAACAUUAUAGAGGUUGCAGAUA